UAAAGCUCUGCAAACUUUCCAUUGAAUUCUCUCCAACUAUGAACAAGAAAGGUCUCGCCAUCUUGAUGAGAACCAGAAUGAGACCUUUCUCGCCUGGAUCAAACAAGCUUAAUCACUUGGAGCAUGUUCCUAUCCAAGGCUCUAAAGUUUCUCACGAGGAUAUUGAUUCCUCGGGCAAUACUAUGAAGAGGGAUUUUGGAGCAGUAAGAGAGUCGAUGCACUCUGCCAUAUCCAUGAAGAAAGCAGAAGUUCUAGAUUCUGCACUUGAUGAAUUUUCAGAAGGUUAUCUCGAUUUGUCAAAGAAUGAUCGUCAAAGUUUGCUUCUUAUACUUGCCAAGGAUUAUGAUCUUGACAGGUCUCAGAUUCACGAGUUGAUGAAACAGUAUCUAGGGCUUGAGGCGUCAGCCACGGGAGGAGUUAUACUUGUAGGUGGCAAAGUUGAUGCUUCCACAAAUGAAGAUGGAAGCUGUCUUGCUGCAUUUUACCGGCUUGAACGGAACAUAAGAUAUGCUCUGAAGCCACAGUAUGAAGAUCUAUUUGAAAGGCUGAAUACCCACCCAGGGGGCUUGAAAUUCCUGUCAAUCAUGAGAGCUGAUAUUCUAUCCAUUCUUGAGGAGGAAAAUGUGGUGUCCUUGCGGGCAUUAGAGUCUUACAUGAAGCAAAAGCUUAUUACAUGGCUAAGUCCUGCUGUGUUAGAACUUCACCAAAUCACAUGGGAUGAUCCUGCUUCGCUCUUGGAGAAAAUUGUGGCAUAUGAGGCUGUGCAUCCCGUCAGCAAUCUUGUAGAUCUUAAAAGAAGGUUGGGAGUAGGGCGGCGUUGCUUUGGUUAUAUACAUCCUGCAGUACCUGGUGAACCAUUAAUCUUUAUAGAAGUUGCUCUUCAGAAGAACGUUUCUCAAACAAUUCAGGAAGUUUUAUGGGAUGAACCCUCAAUGCAUGAAUGUGAGGCAACUUGUGCAUUAUUUUAUUCGAUAUCGUCAACUCAGCCUGGUUUGAAAGGGAUCAAUCUCGGAAAAUUCCUAAUUAAGCGAGUAAUUGAUCUGGUGAAAAAGGAUAUGCCCAAUAUAUAUACGUUUGCAACACUUAGCCCAAUCCCAGGAUAUACACAAUGGCUUUUAGCGAAGUUGGUAUCUGCUGAAAGAUCAGAUUCUACUUUCAGGGAGAACAUUUUGGAACCGGAAGAAGAAAGAGCAUUACAUGACGCAUCCAAGGAGCUCACGGGGGAGAAAGAUGCCAUGAAAGUAUUAUGGAAUUUGUUAACAUCAAGAAAGUAUGAAUGGAUAAAGUCUGAUGAACUCGUGUCUGUGUUAGAAGCCCCAUUGAUGCGAUUAUGUGCCAGGUACCUUUUGCUAGAGAAGAAGAGAGGAAGAGCUUUGGAUUCCGUUGCAAAUUUCCACUUGCAGAAUGGGGCGAUGAUUGGAAGAAUAAAUUGGAUGGCUGAUCGGUCAGAGAAAGGCCUUUGUCAAAGUGCUGGGAUUAUGGUCAAUUAUCUCUAUAGGUUGGAAGAUAUAGAAGAAAAUGGUCAGUCAUAUAUUAGCACAGGAACUGUUCAUGCUACUGAUGACAUCCAUGGCUUUCUUCCAGGGGAGGCUUGAUCUGGGAAUGGAUUGGAAAGAAGAUGUGAAUGAGUGGUUACUAAGCUGCUGCUGCUGCUGCUGCGUUAAUUUGUUUCUUUUGCUGGAUGUAGAUGACUAGAUGCUUUGCUUUGUGUAUAAUAAAAUACCAACAUCUAAUAAGAAUGCAAACAGCUGUAUCUAGAAAAGUCUAUCUGGUUGUGAAU